AGGGCAAUCCCUGCUUUUAUUUUUCUUUCCAGACGGCCACAGUUGAGCACAAAAACAAACUUGAACCAGACGAGCAGUAGGUCAACACUUGCACUCAUGUCCUCGUCUGAAGUGGAGCAAUUGAAGACAUUUAUCUGAAGAGAUUUUAUCCUUUUAAUUUUUCCAUUGUUGAAAAAAGGGAAGGGCUCUGCCAAGAAAAAAAACAACCAUUUGGAAAUUAAGUUAUGCGUCAGUGAAUGCGCAAUUUACGCACAGGGCGCACCAUGAAACUUUGAGACGUUGGAUCGCCUCGCGUUCACGUGCUAGGCUUGAUUUCCUUUGUUGUUGUCAGUUCCUCAGAACUCACUGUAACCAUGUGUCGUGGCUAAAAACUUUAAAUUGCACACAAAAGCUGAGAAGACAUGGGGGCAAAACAGAGCAGCCCGGUAUUUGACGGCAGAACUCGGGCUUAUUCCAGCUCUGAUCUUCCAUCUGGUAACUCCAGCGGAGGGGAAAGGAUUGCGGGGUUUAGGUACACCAAUGGACCAGAUGGGCCCCGGAUCCGUUACACAGGUGGAGGGCCAACCAGCUCCGGGCGCAGUAUCCCAGCCGGUGGCAGAUCGGGGUCGCACGGACUCAAUCAGAGCCUCGAUGGCACGGAUGGUGGCGAGGAGAGCGAGCUGCCUCCAGAGGGCCACAGGUUGCUUAUAGGGUCCCUACCGGUUCACCUGUCCCCUCACCUGAUGGGAGGCUUCCACUGUCCCGUUUGCUCCAAGUUUAUGGCAUCAGAUGAAAUAGAGAAGCACCUGCUCAUGUGUUUCAGCAAAACGCGCCUCACCUACAACAAGGACAUCCUGUCCAGAGACUCUGGGGAAUGUGCCAUCUGUUUAGAUGAGCUGGAGCAGGGAGACACAAUCGCCAGGCUGCCCUGCCUCUGUAUCUACCAUAAAGGGUGUAUAGACGAGUGGUUUGAGGUGAAUCGCUCGUGUCCAGAGCAUCCCGCCGACUAGGAGCUGCAGGAGGACAGUUUCAGUCUUCUGUACAUCACUGUGGUCGACCGUGUGCCCCAACACUGUCGGUUCCAGCCAAGCAUCCUCAGGGAUUGGAAGACAUUGAUGUGCACAGGAUUUUUUUUUCAUAUUGCAUCACGAACUUGAGAUGUACUUUGGAUAUGUUUCUCCAUACGUCGUGGGAUGCUCAAAGAACCACUGUUGGAGUCAGUUUGUCUCCAGAAAAUAUGUGAAUGUUCCUUAUGCCACCUGCUGGCCUAAAGUGGGUUCAUGCAAUCUGGGAUCGGAACUGAACUGUUUUGCUGAACAGGGUGUGGUUUUAUGGCACAAGACUUGUAUAACCAACACGGUAGGAGAGUUCUGUCUCUUUUUAGCAGGUUGAGAGACAGAAGGCUGAAGGCCGAUGUUGUGCUAUGUGAAAAACGAUGCCUUUUGUCAGCUUUAAGGGAUGAUUACAGUGUUGAUGCUUAAUAAGGAAACAGAUCAGAAUUUUAUUGUGAAAUUGUUUUGUGCUAAACAAUCAUGUGUCCUCGACCAAAUAGUCUAAUGUGAAGUAGUCGGACUUUGUCGAUCACCUGUCCAUUGACAACCUCAGUAAUGUUAUUGUGUAGUUUAAUGGUGGAAUUAAAGAUAGGCUAUGCGCUGCUAUGUCAUAGACUGGAAUAUUUUCCUUUGUUUAUUGUACGUUCUAUUUGAACUGUAAUGAAUUGCACAACAAUAAAUGUUUUGUCUUUAUGUCUAUGUACAGCAUACAAACUA